UUGAUCUCCUUUAGACGUUGUGCAACCCCAGGACGUAAUCAGUAUCGAGAGCGCUCACUUGAAGACCAGGAUGCUGUAGAAGUGGUGUGCCGUCUGACACCUUAUUAUGGACCGACGCCAUGCCUUGCUGUUGCUGAAGAGAACAUUAUACGAUGCAUUCCUCCGCCUACUCUACAAAAGCGUGAUGGAACACCAUAUCAGUCAAAAGAUUUCGAGUUCGGCUACGUUUUUGACGAGAGCGAUCGUCAGCAAGUGGUCUUCGAGCGAUGCGCUGUCGACCUCAUAGAACAUUUAUUGAAAGGCAAAAAUGGUCUCCUUUUCACUUACGGGGUUACCGGUAGUGGAAAGACCUACACAAUGACAGGGAAGCCCACGCCUGAAGAAACAGGACUGCUGCCUAGAACUCUCGAUGUCGUAUUCAACAGCAUCGAUAACAAAGUUGAUCGUUGCGUAUUCUAUCCGAAUGGUCGGAAUGGUUUCGGAAUUCGACCUAAAAUGGAAGCUACGCUUGCUAGAAGACAAGCUGAGAUAGAACGUUUACAAGUCAGCAGUGAAAUUGAACAGCGUUACAUGGAAAGAUUAGUUCCUGGGUACAAUGAUAAUUAUGUUUGUUCUGUAUUCGUAUCUUAUGUGGAGAUAUAUAACAACUAUUGCUAUGAUUUGCUCGAAACUAAAAACACUCUCACAAAACGUGAUACUCGCCUUGAUAUUAACAACAUGGUAUAUGUAGAUGGCGCUAGAGAAGUUGAAGUCGACAAUAGCGAUGAAGCUUUGGAGUUGUUUUGCAAAGGCGAAGAGCGGCGUCGAACGAGCGAUACCAUCCUCAACAAGGAGUCAUCACGCUCCCACUCAGUUUUCACAAUCCGCUUGGUGAUGGCUCCAUUUGACUCUACCAGCUAUUCCGUCUACCCCGACAGUGAUCCAAAUCGAAUUGUCGUCUCCCAGCUUUCCCUCGUUGAUCUUGCUGGUAGCGAAAGGGCAAAAAGAACUCAGAACGUUGGUGAUCGUCUUGCUGAAGCAGCAUCUAUCAAUAAGAGUCUAAUGGUUUUGCGUCAGUGCAUCGAAAAACUGAGACGAAACCAACGAUCUGCACUUCAUGAGACGGUUCCAUACCGCGAUGCCAAACUGACUAUGUUAUUCAAGAAUUUCUUCGAAGGCGCUGGGAAAGUUCGCAUGAUUAUCUGCGCAAAUCCGAAGCCAUCUGACUUCGAGGAGAAUUUGAAUGUGCUGGCCUUCGCUGAGGAGUCUCAAUCUGUUCGUGUAGCUCAAACAGACAGUGGUCCAAGGCCACCGGUUCCCCGUCGAUUCUUCUCUCGAUGGAACAUGGAAGUUGAUAACAUUGUCACUCCGGCAUCACUACUGCCAUCGAGCACAAGGCUUUUUACGGAUUUCGCUAUCAAGGUUCGGUUCUCAGACAAGACGUCUGAAUCUUUACGACUUUAUAAAGCUCAAUUCCAGAGAGAGUUGCUGUCUUUGCGUGAACGCCUUUCGCGAUACGAAGUCCAAGAUGAGGAAAUCAUCACUGCCGAAGAGAAUUUGCGACGAAGUGUCAAGGAGGAGCGUUCUCGUGCUCGAAAGCAAGACCAGAAACUGAAAGUGGUAAACAUCUGCGAUGCUCCCUCGCCCUCUUUUGCUCAGAUUAGAAGCAAGUUCGUGAUGGCAGCGGAAACACCAUCAUACGCUACUAUUACUCCUCAAAAAGUAUCGAUUGUUUCAAAAAUAUUUAUCUCGUCCUUCAUUUUCAGGUCAAAAUCGGCUCCAAGGGUGCUCGAUCAUCAACCGACUAAUCGUGUCCCAACUGGAGGAAUUCUUAGAGUGAAGGUUCCAAACAAUGCCAAACAUGUCACAAAACCUGAGGCUCACCAGCUCCAAAAAUCCAGUGAUUACAUCCUAACUCAUCAAGAAGUGGAUCGGGAAGGAAACAUCAGCACGAGCGUUGUUAAGGUUUCGAUUUCAAAUUCCAUAAUUUUUGUAUUUUCGCACUCAUGCACGCUUCAUGUCUAA